UCUGGGCCAGAGAAAGCAGGCAUCAGUGUGGGCUGAUGAUGAUCCUGUGUCUCUCUUGUCGAAGAUGAGCCUCCCUGCAGUGGAGAGAAAUCCCUCACCAGCUCAGACGCAAGGGGAUGAUGCUUUUUUAGCCCCAGAAGCUCCAAGACCACCUCCCAAGGCUCAGAGGGGGCCUGAUUUGUUUCUGUGGAAGGCCUGGAGCGCUUGGGUCCUCGAAGCGUGGAUUUGAUCCAAGAGAAUCUGACAGUCUCCCCUCCCCCCCAUUCUUUCCUCCUUCCCUCCCCCAUCCCUUUCUCUACCUCGCACUGUUAUAUGACCUAAACAAUUAGGGCCAUUCCAGUUGGGUUCUAAAGCCCGGGUACAAUGGCUGGGACCUUCUUAUUGCAGCGAAUGGGUGAAUGAUGCCCUAGAUAGUGAAAGGUUCAUCGUGGGCUCAUUGAACUUUGCACCCUCCACUUCUUGUUCAUCCUGCUGCCAGGAGAGUAGAAGAAAAAGAAAAGAAAUGGAGAAGCAGAGAGGAGUGUGUCCCUCCUUGGCUGGUUUGUGAAGAGUGCCCGAUGCCAGCCUGGGAAGAGAUUGUAUGCUCACUAGCACUUUAUAGAGGGGACAUGGGUCGUGUCCCCUGCCAGUUUCUGUAGAGGAUGUGUACCCAGUGCCAGUUGAUGAAAAGAGUAUGUGCCCUGUACCAGUUGUGGAAGAGGAUAUGAGCCUGAUGCCAGUUGUGGAGGAGAACAUGAGCCUGGUGCCAGUUGUGGAAGAGAACAUGAGCCUGGUACCAGUUGUGGAAGGAGACAUGAGACUGAUGCCAGUUGUGGAAGGAUACAUGAGACUGAUGCCAGUUGUGGAAGGAGACAUGAGGCUGGUGCCAGUUGUGGAAGGAAACAUGAGGCUGAUGCCAGUUGUAGAAGAAGACAUGAGACUGAUGCCAAUUGUGGAAGAAGACAUGAGACUAAUGCCAGUUGUGGAAGGAGAACUGAGCCCAAUGCCAGUUGUGGAAGAGAACGUGAGCCUGAUGUCAGUUGUGGAAGAGAACAUGAGCUCAAUGCCAGUUGUGGAAGGAGAUGUGAGCUCAAUGCCAGUUGUAGAAGGAGAUAUGAGCUCUAUACCACUUGUGGAAGGUGAUGUAAGCCCGAUGUCAGUUGUGGAAGAGAACGGGAGCCUGAUGUCAGUUGUGGAAGAGAACGUGAGCCUGAUGUCAGUUGUGGAAGGAGACGUGAGCCCGAUGUCAGUUGUGGAAGGAGAUGGGAGCCUGAUGUCAGUUGUGGAAGAGAAUGGGAGCCUGAUGUCAGUUGUGGAAGAGAAUGUGAAUGUGAUGCCAGUUGGGGAAGAGAAUGUGAACCCAAUGCCAGUUGUGAAAGAGAAUGUGAGCCUAUGCCAGUUGUGGAAGAGAAUAUGAGCCUGAUGUCAGUUGUGGAAGGAGACUUGAGACUGAUGCCAGUUGUGUAAGAACAUGAGCCCAUGCCAGUUGUGGAAGAGACUAUGAGCCGGAUGUCAGUUGUGGAAGGAGACUUGAGACUGAUGCCAGUUGUAUAAGAAUGUGAACCCAUGCCAGUUGUGGAAGAAAAUAUGAGCCUGAUGUUAGUUGUGGAAGGAGAUUUGAGACUGAUGCCAGUUGUGGAAGAGAACGUGAGCUUGAUGCGAGUUGUGGAAGAGAAUGUGAACCCAAUGCCCGUAGUAAAAAAGAACAACCCGAUGCCAGUUGUGGAAGAGAACGUGAGCUUGAUGCGAGUUGUGGAAGAGAAUGUGAACCCAAUGCCCGUAGUAAAAAAGAACAACCCGAUGCCAGUUGUGGAAGAGAACGUGAGCUUGAUGUCAGUUGUGGAAGAGAACGUGAACCCAAUGCCCAUUGUAAAAAAGAACAACCCGAUGCCAGUUGUGGAAGAGAACAUGAGCCCAAUGCCAGUUGU